GUCAUUCUUUAUCGCAUUCUGGUGAGAAUUUUCUCGAAUUUGAAGUGUCAGUUCUAGACUUCGUAUUGCUUGUUUGAACUCCGCGAACAAAUUAGUGAAAUAAAGAAAGGUUUGCUAAGUGAAAACAUAAGAUAGUUAAACGUUAAUAUUUUACUGCAAGUGCAUCUUGGUUUGAUCAGUUGUUAGAAGAAACUAAUUAUGGAUCAGGCGAAUCAGUUAAAGGAGAAGGGUAAUGCGGCAUUAGCAGCGGGGAAGUUGGACGAUGCCGUGAAAUACUAUACGGAGGCUAUUGCCGUGGAUCCUAGUAACCACGUUCUCUAUAGCAACCGGUCGGCAGCUCACGCUAAGGCGCAGAACUACGAAGCAGCUUUGGAGGAUGCUAACCAGACCAUCGCCCUGAACCCUACAUGGACCAAGGGCUACUCCCGUAAAGGUUCUGCCCUGGCGUACUUGGGCCGACAUGAUGAAGCGAUAGAGACUUACAACAAGGGCUUAGAGCUGGACCCCAACAAUGAACAGUUGGCCACAGGCUUGGCUGAUGUACAGCAGACAAUUAUUGACAAUAAGGUCAAAUUGGAACAGGUGCUUGAUAAGCUCAGGAGUAACCCUAAAACGAGGGACUGGUUAAAUGAUCCGGAAUACUGCAAAAUAGUUGAAAAAAUAGUUCAGAAUCCCUUCGAUGUCCAAAGGCUGGGCAACAUGUUAGAAGACAAACGAGUUCUCACCACAAUUAGCAUUAUGUUUGGCUUAGACGCUCAAAUGCCUAUGGACGUAGACCCACCAGCACCUGAGAAAAAGACUGAGGAGCCACCUAAGAAGCAGGAGCCUGAGAAACCGAAGUAUGAUGACCUACCAGAGAACAGAAGGCUUGCGUUACAAGAGAAGGACCAAGGGAAUGAAUGUUAUAAGAAGAAAGACUUUGAUAAUGCUCUGAAACAUUACCAGAAGGCAGUAGAACAUGAUCCCACUGAUAUUACCUUUUACACAAACAUGGCCGCUGUCUAUUUUGAACAGAAAGAGUAUGAGAAAUGUAUUAAGGAGUGCGAGAAGGCUAUUGAUAUUGGAAGAGAAAAUAGAGCAGACUUCAAGCUAAUAGCCAAGGCUUUUACGAGGAUCGGCAAUGCAUACAAGAAGAUGGAACAGUGGAAACUAGCGAAGACUUACUUCGAGAAGUCCAUGUCUGAGCACCGCACUCCGGAGAUCAAGACCUUGCUGAGUGAGGUCGAGAGACGGAUAGUCGAGGAGGAGAAGAAGGCCUACAUCGACCCGGUGAAGGCUGAGCAGGAGAAGGAACUUGGCAACGAUUUCUUCAAGAAGGGAGACUACAGUACUGCAGUGAAGCAUUACACUGAAGCCAUCAAGCGCAACCCUGAUGACCCGAAGCUGUACUCCAACCGUGCCGCCUGCUACACCAAGCUCGCUGCCUUCGACCUCGGCCUCAAAGACUGCGACCAGUGCUGCAAACUGGACCCUAAGUUUAUCAAGGGAUGGAUCCGAAAGGGAAAGAUUCUUCAGGGCAUGCAACAGCACUCCAAAGCUUUAACUGCAUACCAGAAGGCCCUCGAGCUGGACCCAAGCAAUGGCGAGGCGUUGGAGGGCUACCGUGCCUGCUCCACCCAGCUGAAUUCCAACCCUGAGGAGGUGCGCAAACGCGCAAUGGCUGACCCAGAAGUGCAGCAAAUCCUCCGCGACCCAGCCAUGCGCUGCAUCCUCGAACAGAUGCAACAAGAUCCCCACGCCUUACAGGACCACCUCAAGAACCCAGACAUUGCCGCCAAGAUUCAGAAGCUUCUAGAAUCCGGCCUCAUCGCUAUACAUUAGUUUACGAAUACCUUGUCUAGAGAUUAGGUUUAUAUAAAUUAGUAUUCGAAUCGAUUAGAAAAACUUACUAUUUCAGCGAAUAUUUUGUUGCUGGCAACAUUUCUCAGAUUAUUUUAUUUGUACACGGGUAGGAGAAUUUGCAUUUAGCAAAACGAUUAAAUAAACUUUAUAUCCAGCACAGGAUACGGUUUUUUUAAUCGAUUCGGGUAUACAUUCAGAGUCUCGCCAUCUCGGAUACUUUAACACGGAGAUCGAGUUUUGAAAUGGAUUUUCGCCUACCAAAUGUUGAAUGAAACUUAAUUAGGUAUUUAAAAGUCAUCGCUUUUUUACUGUGAUUUUACUCAGUUUACAUGUAAUGCUUGUCUCAAAUUGUAGGCUUGUGGACCAUUCCAAAGUAUGCUUUUCAGUAAGUUUAAUGCAGUUUGGAUUUUUCGGUUUUAGGUUUUAUUUAGCGUACCUACUUAAUUUGAGGAAUAUCUAUUAUGCAGAUAUACUGCCUGAAUGGAAUUUUACAUUAAUAGCAUUUUUUGUAAUUUAUUCAAUAAUAAAGAAAUAUGUAGGCA